UCUGACUCUGGGAGAGGCACCGUAAAUCUCGGCUCGGAAACCGCACAGGCCGGGCAGAAACGCGCGAGACUUGGCCUUCUGUAGGUUCCGAACCACGGUCGAACCACGGUCGGGGGGGGGGGGGGGGAAAGAGCCGGUUGGCCCCGCCCCCUGUCGAGAGGAGCCGGAAAGACCCGAGUCUGACGGGCGACGGGCAGGCGAGCCGGAAGCGGAGCCGAGCGUUGCCGGAAGGAAUCGAGCCCUCCAGAGGGGCUGACUGUAGUGGGACCAACGUCGGGCCCGGCCGGGCCGACCCCGCGCCAUGGCAGCGGAGAGCACGUCUGUGGCCGGGGGAGGGUCUGUCUACGACCGGGCAGCUGUAGACAGUUCGCAGCCGCCCAGGUGCCCAGCCGCGGUCCCGAACCGGCGGCGCUUCUCGUCGCUGUCGCGUGACGCCGAACACCGAGCCUACCAGUGGUGCCGGGAGUACCUGGGCGGGGCCUGGCGCGGAGUGCGGCCCGAGGAGCUGAGGGUCCAGCCCGUGAGCGGAGGGCUCAGCAACCUGUUGUUCCGCUGCUCGCUGCCCGACCGCUUAUCCAGCGUUGGCGAGGAGCCCCGGGAGGUGCUGCUGCGACUGUAUGGCGCCAUCCUGCAGGGUGUGGACUCGUUGGUCCUCGAAAGUGUGAUGUUCGCCAUCCUUGCUGAGCGGUCGCUGGGGCCUCAGCUCUACGGAGUCUUUCCAGAGGGCCGACUGGAACAGUACAUCCCAAGCCGGCCUCUGAAAACGCGGGAGCUUCAAGAACCAGUGUUGUCAGCAGCCAUCGCCACAAAGAUGGCCCAGUUCCACUGCAUGCAGAUGCCUUUCACCAAGGAGCCCCACUGGCUGUUUGGAACCAUGGAGCGGUACCUAAAGCAGAUACAGGACCUGCCUCCCACUAGACAGGCGAACCUGUUGGAAAUGUACAGCCUGAAGGAUGAGAUGGGCAACCUCAGGAAGUUUCUACACUCUACCCCGUCCCCCGUGGUCUUCUGUCACAAUGACAUCCAGGAAGGGAACAUCUUGCUGCUCUCAGAGCCAGAAAAUGCCGACAGCCUUAUGCUGGUGGACUUUGAAUACAGCAGUUAUAACUACAGGGGCUUUGACAUUGGGAACCAUUUUUGUGAGUGGGUUUAUGAUUAUACCCAUGAUGAGUGGCCUUACUACAAAGCACAGCCUGCAGACUACCCCACUCAAGAACAGCAGCUUCAUUUUAUUCGGUGUUACCUGGCAGAGGUAAAGAAAGGGGAGACCAUCUCCAGAGAGGAACAGAAGAAACUGGAAGGAGAUUUGCUGGUAGAGAUCAGUAGAUACACUUUGGCAUCCCAUUUCUUUUGGGGUCUGUGGUCCAUUCUCCAGGCAUCCAUGUCCACUAUAGAAUUUGGUUACUUGGAGUAUGCCCAGUCUCGCUUCCAGCUCUACUUCCAGCAGAAACAGCAGCUGACCAACCUCCACCCCUCAUCCUGACUCUCCACCUUCUAACUCCUCAGAUUUCUCCUAGAGCCUCUAAGGCAGGGCGGCCCUCCAAGGAAUUGGAGGGCAGGCAAAGACUGCAAGAGGCCCCAGGGACUGGGCUGAGCCCCCAGUGAGACUUGGGUUCAGGAGACUGACCUCUCCACGAGUUUGAACUGGCUGUCCCCACAGCGGGCAGUCAGACAGGACUGUACCUUAAGACAAUAAACAAGCUUCUUCAUUCCA